AUGGAGCAAUACAACUGCAAUUUGUGCACUGCAAAUUAUAGCAACAAUAGAAACUUAUAUCGCCACAUUCGCUGCAAGAACCAGGUUGAUGUUGAUGAAAAAUUUACGUGUGUUUUGUGUGGAUAUUCCUCUCCCAGAGCAGAUUCUCUAAAGUGUCAUGAGAAUGCUGUACAUAAAACAGAAUGCAAAAAUAUAGUACUGUGUGCUUUAUGUGACUUUGGCAGCUCAAAUAGAAAUGGAAUGCUUCAACAUUAUUCAUUGCUCCAUGAUCUAGUUAUCCGCGAAGAAAAUCAUGAAUUUUGUGAUCAAAGUAAAUUUUAUGAAUGGAAACGUGAAUUAGAAAAAGAUACUGUGAGUGAAUUUGUACAUGUAAGAGGACAAUGUAAUAAAAGUGCGGAUGGAAGCAGUAAGCUAUAUUUUAAGUGCCACCGUGAUGGAAAUUACAGACCCCGUGGAAGCAAUAAGCGUCACUUAAAACUAAUGGGCAGUAAUAAAAUUGGUGGUCACUGCCCAUCUACAAUGGAUGUGACACAUUAUCCAUCAGGCCAAGUGAAAGUUAUCUUUUGUAGCACACAUGUGGGCCGGUUAAGGCUUUCGAGAUUUGAAAGAGAGGAAAUAGCAAAGAAAAUUGCUAUGGAAAUUCCAUUUGAUCACAUUCUCGGCUCCCUUAGAUAUCCGAUUCAAGAUAGUGGUUUUCAGCAUCAUAACUUGCUGUCAAGAAAAGAUAUCCACAAUGUAGCACAAAGUUACAACCUGAUGUCUGAUGCUAUAAGACAUAAAAACGAUUGUACUAGUGUGGAAUCGUGGGUGAGGGAGAUGUAG